AUGGUCAACGCUUUUCAGAACGAUUGCGGGCUUGUCGAGACGGCGCCUCGGCCAAUUCGCAAGAAAUUCGCCAAACCGCCCGUCAAAGUAGCUUGUUUGCCUUGUCGCGCUUCCAGAACGCGCUGUGGCGGGCAGGAACCCUGUUCCAAUUGUGUCGCCAAAGGCCGAAAAUGCUCAUACCUGCCCAGUAAACGGGGUGGGCCACGCAAGAAGAAGCAAAAGGCCUCGCCCUCUCCAGAAGAAGAGGCGCCGCAUGAAGAUGCACAGUAUGCUGUGGAUCCCUCGGCGGAUUUCGAUGAGCCGCCGGGGAUGUUUACUCAAAUCGACGUGCUGUCUCUACCGGGCGCAGGUCUGCGCCAUCUGGACUUCCCACAGGUGGGCUCUCUAUUUCAGGGCUUCUUUGCCGGAGAUGAAAGUCCAUCUCAUGUUCAUAUGGGGGCUAUGCCGUCCCCCAUGAGUACAACGUCAUGUCUGGUGAGGACCUACGGGAGUGAACCGGAAAUUUUAAACGCCUAUUAUGAUUUCAUCCAUUCUUAUUUCCCCAUCUUACCGCCCCGGGCAUCAACACAGUUUCAGGACCGACCAUUGCAUUGUCCCGUCUCGCCGGGUCCAUCAUCAGAGCCGCUCAUGAUUUAUAGGCCUCGCUCGCCGCUGAGUCUGGCGAUAUCGGCAAUUCUGGCUCUCAUCCCACACCCAGACGACCCAGAAUCAUCUUCAGCUGCAUCUGUUCUUCAACGAAGGACGUACGCGCAUACAUUUGCGCAAUUAGCGAAUUCUAUCAUUGAGACAGAGUGUGAUCUGGAGCUGUCUUCCACUGAUCCUGGUCAAGCAUUAUCAAGUGCACGGCCUUCGGUGAAUCGAGAAAGGCUUCAUCCUAUGACUCCAGAGGAUCUCGAGACCCUUCUAGCCCUGUUGAUUCUUUCGGUAUACGAGUACUCACAACGGGGAAAUCUUCUUAAGAUGAGAUAUCGUGCCGGUCAAGCAUUGGCUCUUGCUUUGGAUAAAUCGCUUCAUUGCUGCACGGAUAAUGAUGAAUUUUCUGAAGCUCGGCGGAGAGCUUGGUGGAUGACGUAUUAUUGCGUCAUUCAAGGCUCCAUUGUGAGCACUACUCCCCCGACGAUAGUCAUCAAUGACCCACAGUUUACGACGCCAUACCCACGUUUCGAGUCUGACGCUGAGGGCUGGUCCAUUCUUAUCCAAGCACAACAAGUCCUGGUAUCAGCGACUCAGUUCAUCUCCGAUCUAAAUAAAAGUCUCACGUCACAAACGGGUCUACAUUAUAUUUUUGAACGAAUGCAACAGCUCGAUUCCUGGACCAACUCGGUGAUUGUGCAGACAGAUAUGCUUCCCUUGGUUUCUCCCGAGCCGGACUUUGGUGAUCGCCGUGAAACAAUCACUGCCCAGAGUAUCCGGGCAAUAUCCCGGAUCAAAUUGUCAAGCGCACAAAUCAAAACCCAUCGCUUCCGAGCCUUCUCAGACAUCCCCAUCUUCAUAAAAAGACACUGCGACCUAACAGCCGCCAACCCAAGCAACGCACCAACCAAAUCCACCAUCCAAGCACCCGGUAUAAACAACGUCUCCUGCUCAUGCAGCAACCUCGACCACUUCCAACGCGCCUCCUCAACCGAAUACAUGACCCCCUCCGACUCCUCAACCUCGUCCGACACCCACCCCUACAUCCCCCAAUACCCACAAUACCCCUUCGCCUCCGGAUUCCCCUACAGCCCACAACACUCUGCAAAAAUCUGUCUACGCUCUGCACUCACUAUUUCCCGCAUGUUCGAGGCUUUGCCUUAUCCACAGCCGUUAUCUGAAGGCGGGUCACAGGCGCAACAUCAAGCGGGUGGUCAGCCUCUGCCUAGGACAAUGCCUUCGUUCGCAUGCUGUCUUAUGCAAAGUAGUUAUGCGAUGUUUAUGAUAUUUUACAAGGCGCGUGUGGCGAAGCAACUCUCGCCGGAUGUGGAGAGUGAACUUGUGAGUAAUUCCACUGAACAGCUUGUGGAAGAGCUGAGGCGGGGUCUGGAGCGGAUUAUUGCGGCUGUGUCGAAUUAUUCGUUUGCUUUUGAGGCGUUGGAUGGGAUGCGAGACGAAAUUCAGGGUGCAUAUCAAACGGCGUUCCCUACUGCAUCUGUUUAG